AAGCGAACCGCGAUCGAAGAACCAGAUACCACCACCGCCCGGGAAACCAAAAAGACCAAAAGCGUUCAUGUGCAUAUACACGAUGAGUUCACGGACAGAAACGAAGAAGCAGCAUCAUCAUCAGCCCUGCAGAUUAUACCAUUUCCAGAAAAGCCCUCCAUCCACGAAGAACGCAACCACGAAAUCUCCUACAUCGUAGUCAACAACGACUCCCAUCCCCAAAGCACCAUAAUCCUCACGGGGCUAAAAUGUCUCUUCCAGAAACAACUCCCCAAAAUGCCCAAAGACUACAUCACCCGGCUCGUCUUCGACCGCACCCACCUCUCCCUCGCCAUCAUCAAACAACAACAACAACAACAACAACAACAACAACCUCACCUCCAUGAAGGCCCCGGGACCCCAGAAGUCCUCGGCGGCAUCACCUUCCGCGAAUUCCGCACACGGCAAUUCGCCGAAAUAGUCUUCUGCGCUGUAACCUCCCACCAACAAGUAAAAGGAUACGGCGCACACCUCAUGGCCCAUCUCAAGGACUACGUCCGCGCCACAGGGCCAGUCAUGCACUUCCUCACGUACGCAGACAACUACGCGACGGGAUACUUCCAAAAACAGGGAUUCACCAAGGAAAUCACCCUACCGAAGGCAACCUGGAUGGGAUAUAUCAAGGACUACGAAGGCGGGACACUAAUGCAGUGUUCAAUGCUGCCUAAGAUCCGAUAUCUAGAGGUGGGACGGAUGCUACUGAAGCAAAAAGAAACAGUCCUAGCGAAAAUGCGCGCACUAAGCAGGAACCAUAUCAUACAUGCACCGCCUAAAGAAUGGAAACUGAAAAUCACACCCAUAACCAAUCCCCUCUCCAUCCCCGCCAUCCUCGCAACAGGCUGGUCGCCAAGCAUGGAUGAUUUCUCGCGCGAACACCGCCGCCACGGACCACAGUUCAAUGAGAUGCGACGGUUCCUUAACGAGAUCAGGAACCAUAAGCAGGCGUGGCCGUUUCUCAGUCCUGUGAGUAGGGACGAAGUGCCGGAGUAUUAUGAGGUGAUUGAGCAGCCGAUGGAUUUGGGGACCAUGGAGGAGAAGUUGGAGAGGGAUGAGUAUGAGGGUCCGGAGCAGUUGAUGGCGGAUUUGAAGUUGGUGUUGGGGAAUUGUAGGUUGUUUAAUGAGCAGGGCACGGUGUAUGUUAAGUGUGCGGGGGGGUUGGAGAGGUUUGUGAGGAGGGUGGUGGGGGAGAUGAGUGGGUGGGAGGGGUUGCUUGAUUGA